UCCCAAACAAGUGCAGGGUAAAACAAGAGAACAUCUGAAUCUGGGGCUGAGGCGGCAGGGACUGCUGCAGGCUUGGGGUUUGGCUUUUUGGAUUUUUGUUAAGAGUCUUGAAUGUAUGUCCUACGAUGGCAGUUGAUGACAGCAAUUUAUAUUCCAGAACGAAGAACAAACUAAAUUCGUCUCAAAAUGAUUAUAAAUCAUCAAGACGGAGUAGUCUGCCACCUGAACUACUCAUAGGAAAUGACAUUAGAGGAAGACUUCAAAGAAACUUGAAAAAUUUGGAACCUAUUCACCUGAGGCGCCCGAAAAAGAGACCGUCCAUAUUUCCAGCUUCUCCAGUUGGCAACGGUUAUAUCAAGCCUCCAGUUCCACCUGUUUCUGGCACACAAAGAGAGAAAGGACCGCCAACCAUGUUACCCAUCAGUGUGGAUCCAGACAGCAAACCAGGAGAAUAUGUCCUCAAGAGUUUAUUUGUCAACUUUACCACUCAGGCUGAGCGCAAGAUUCGCAUCAUUAUGGCAGAACCUCUGGAAAAGCCAUUGACAAAAUCUCUACAACGUGGAGAAGAUCCCCAAUUUGACCAAGUCAUCAGCUCCAUGAGCUCCCUUUCUGAGUACUGCCUGCCUUCCAUUCUACGUACAUUAUUUGACUGGUAUAAAAGGCAAAAUGGCAUCGAGGAUGAAUCACAUGAAUACAGACCACGAACAAGCAAUAAAUCAAAAAGUGACGAACAACAGCGAGAUUAUUUAAUGGAAAGACGGGACCUCGCCAUUGAUUUUAUUUUUUCCUUAGUAUUAAUAGAAGUUUUGAAACAGAUUCCACUUCAUCCUGUAAUAGACAGUCUAAUACAUGAUGUUAUUAAUUUGGCUUUCAAGCACUUUAAGUACAAAGAAGGGUACCUUGGUCCUAACACUGGCAAUAUGCACAUUGUGGCAGACCUGUAUGCAGAAGUCAUUGGAGUGUUGGCACAAGCUAAAUUCCCUGCUGUAAAGAAGAAAUUUAUGGCAGAACUCAAAGAAUUACGGUACAAAGAGCAGAGCCCAUAUGUUGUUCAAAGCAUUAUCAGCUUGAUAAUGGGGAUGAAAUUCUUUCGAAUUAAGAUGUAUCCAGUGGAGGACUUUGAGGCCUCUCUUCAGUUUAUGCAGGAAUGUGCACAUUAUUUCCUCGAGGUCAAAGACAAAGAUAUCAAGCAUGCCUUGGCUGGGCUUUUUGUUGAAAUUCUCGUCCCAGUUGCUGCUGCUGUUAAAAAUGAAGUAAAUGUUCCCUGCCUUAGAAACUUUGUUGAAAGCCUAUAUGACACCACACUGGAACUUUCUUCUCGAAAGAAGCAUUCGUUGGCCCUGUACCCACUGGUGACCUGUCUUCUUUGUGUCAGUCAAAAGCAGCUGUUCCUGAACAGGUGGCAUAUUUUCCUCAACAACUGCUUAUCCAACCUUAAAAAUAAAGACCCCAAGAUGGCUCGAGUUGCACUGGAAUCUCUGUACAGAUUACUUUGGGUUUACAUGAUUCGAAUUAAAUGUGAAAGCAACACAGCUACUCAGAGCCGUCUUAUAACCAUCAUCACAACACUUUUCCCCAAAGGGUCCCGUGGUGUGGUGCCAAGGGAUAUGCCUCUGAACAUCUUUGUGAAAAUCAUCCAGUUCAUUGCCCAGGAACGUUUAGAUUUUGCAAUGAAAGAAAUUAUUUUUGAUUUUCUUUGUGUGGGAAAACCAGCAAAAGCUUUCAGUCUCAAUCCAGAGAGAAUGAACAUUGGUUUACGGGCAUUCUUAGUAAUAGCCGAUAGCUUGCAGCAGAAAGAUGGUGAGCCUCCCAUGCCGGUGACAGGAGCUGUUCUCCCAUCAGGAAACACACUGAGAGUGAAGAAAACAUAUUUGAGUAAAACGCUAACUGAAGAAGAAGCCAAAAUGAUAGGCAUGUCAUUAUAUUACUCUCAAGUGCGAAAAGCUGUGGACAACAUUUUAAGGCAUCUUGAUAAAGAAGUAGGAAGGUGUAUGAUGCUAACGAAUGUUCAGAUGCUAAAUAAAGAACCUGAAGACAUGAUCACGGGUGAGAGAAAGCCAAAAAUAGAUCUUUUCAGAACCUGUGUUGCUGCUAUCCCUCGACUGCUUCCCGAUGGGAUGUCAAAACUUGAACUUAUUGACUUGCUGGCUAGGCUCUCUAUUCAUAUGGACGAUGAGCUGCGACAUAUUGCACAAAAUUCCCUUCAGGGUUUACUUGUUGACUUCUCAGACUGGAGGGAAGAUGUACUGUUUGGUUUUACCAACUUCCUACUCCGGGAAGUCAAUGAUAUGCAUCAUACGCUCCUUGAUUCAUCCCUGAAGUUACUGCUCCAGCUGCUCACCCAAUGGAAACUGGUCAUACAAACUCAUGGAAAAGCCUAUGAACAAGCCAACAAGAUCAGAAAUUCAGAGCUAAUUGCAAAUGGCUCCAGCCACAGAAUCCAGUCAGAACGAGGCCCCCACUGCAGUGUUCUUCACGCUGUAGAAGGCUUUGCUCUGGUUUUACUCUGCAGUUUCCAGGUGGCCACACGCAAACUGUCCGUUUUAAUACUCAAGGAAAUUCGAGCUUUAUUUGUUGCCCUGGGUCAGCCCGAGGACGAUGACAGGCCUAUGAUUGAUGUCAUGGAUCAGCUAAGUUCUUCCAUUCUUGAAAGUUUCAUUCAUGUAGCAGUUUCAGAUUCGGCAACAUUACCACUGACCCACAGUGUGGAUCUGCAGUGGUUGGUGGAGUGGAACGCAGUCCUGGUCAAUAGCCAUUACGAUGUAAAGAGUCCUUCCCAUGUCUGGAUCUUCGCUCAGUCUGUCAAAGACCCCUGGGUCCUCUGCCUCUUCAGUUUCCUGCGGCAGGAGAACUUGCCUAAACACUGCCCCACAGCCCUCAGCUACGCCUGGCCAUACGCCUUCACUCGGCUCCAGUCUAUCAUGCCCCUCGUAGACCCCAAUAGCCCAAUCAAUGCUAAGAAAACCAGCACUGCCAGCAGCGGAGACAAUUAUGUUACAUUAUGGAGAAAUUACCUUAUUCUUUGUUUUGGAGUUGCAAAACCCAGCAUUAUGAGCCCGGGACACUUAAGAGCUUCCACUCCAGAAAUAAUGGCGACCACACCUGAUGGUACAGUGAGCUACGAUAACAAGGCCAUAGGCACCCCAUCGGUGGGAGUUCUGUUAAAGCAGUUGGUGCCUUUGAUGAGACUAGAGGGCAUUGAGAUCACAGAGUCCUUAGUUUUAGGAUUUGGAAGAACAAAUUCCCUUGUUUUCAGAGAAUUGGUAGAAGAACUUCAUCCAUUAAUGAAGGAAGCUCUGGAACGAAGACCAGAGAACAAAAAACGCCGAGAACGGCGGGACUUGUUAAGGCUACAACUACUUCGAAUUUUUGAGCUUUUGGCUGAUGCGGGUGUCAUAAGUGACAGCACAAAUGGAGCCUUAGAACGAGAUACUUUAGCUCUUGGAGCUUUGUUCUUAGAAUAUGUGGACCUGACCCGCAUGCUUCUAGAAGCUGAAAAUGACAAAGAAGUAGAAAUUCUUAAAGAUAUCCGGGCACAUUUUAGUGCAAUGGUCGCCAACUUGAUUCAGUGCGUUCCAGUUCACCACCGAAGAUUUCUGUUUCCCCAGCAGAGCCUGAGGCAUCAUCUUUUCAUCUUAUUUAGCCAGUGGGCAGGCCCUUUCAGCAUUAUGUUUACUCCUCUGGAUCGCUACAGUGAUAGAAAUCAUCAGAUUACAAGAUACCAGUAUUGUGCAUUAAAGGCAAUGUCAGCAGUAUUGUGCUGUGGCCCUGUGUUUGACAACGUGGGCCUUUCUCCAGAUGGCUACCUGUAUAAGUGGCUUGACAACAUUCUGGCUUGUCAAGAUUUACGAGUUCAUCAGCUUGGCUGUGAAGUUGUCGUCUUGCUAUUGGAACUUAAUCCAGACCAAAUUAAUCUUUUUAAUUGGGCGAUUGACCGAUGUUACACAGGUUCCUACCAGCUCGCAUCUGGCUGCUUCAAAGCCAUAGCAACUGUGUGUGGAAGCAGGAACUAUCCUUUCGACAUAGUGACGCUGUUAAACCUUGUUCUGUUCAAGGCCUCUGACACCAACAGAGAAAUUUAUGAAAUCUCCAUGCAGCUCAUGCAGAUCCUUGAAGCAAAGCUUUUCGUAUACUCAAAGAAAAUAGCUGAACAGAGACCGGGCAGUAUUCUCUAUGGAACACAUGGCCCACUGCCACCGCUCUACAGUGUGUCCCUAGCCCUCCUGUCGUGUGAACUGGCCAGGAUGUACCCCGAGCUCACCCUCCCACUCUUCUCAGAAGUCAGCCAGCGAUUCCCCACCACACAUCCGAAUGGGCGUCAGAUCAUGCUCACCUAUCUGCUGCCCUGGCUGCACAACAUUGAGCUGGUGGACAGCAGGCUCCUCCUCCCAGGGUCAAGCCCCAGCAGCCCAGAGGAUGACGUCAAGGAUCGGGAAGGAGAAGCCACCACUUCACAUGGGCUGCGAGGGAGUGGCUGGGGCUCCCCUGAAGCUACGUCACUGGUCCUGAACAACCUCAUGUACAUGACAGCCAAGUACGGAGAUGAAGUUCCUGGCCCCGAAAUGGAAAAUGCUUGGAAUGCGUUAGCCAACAACGAGAAAUGGAGCAACAACCUGAGGAUCACCUUGCAGUUCCUGAUCAGCCUGUGUGGAGUUAGCAGUGACACGCUCCUCUUGCCCUACAUUAAAAAGGUGGCGAUAUAUUUGUGCCGUAACAACACCAUUCAGACCAUGGAAGAGCUUCUCUUUGAGCUGCAGCAGACGGAGCCAGUAAACCCCAUUGUCCAGCACUGUGACAACCCGCCCUUCUACCGCUUUGCAGCCAGCAGCAAGGCCUCUGCAGCAGCCUCUGGAACCACUUCCAGCAGCAACACAGUGGUUGCUGGCCAGGACAGUUUCCCAGAUGCCGAGGAGAGCAAGAUACUGAAAGAAUCUGAUGAGAGGUUUAGUAACGUCAUCAGAGCCCACACCCGCCUAGAGUCAAGAUACAGCAAUAGCUCUGGAGGAUCAUAUGAUGAAGAUAAAAAUGACCCAAUUUCUCCCUAUACGGGCUGGCUGUUGACUAUUACAGAGACCAAACAGCCACAGCCCCUUCCCAUGCCUUGUACUGGAGGAUGCUGGGCCCCUCUGGUUGACUAUCUUCCAGAAACCAUCACUCCCCGGGGUCCCCUCCACAGGUGCAAUAUUGCUGUUAUUUUUAUGACUGAGAUGGUGGUGGAUCACAGUGUGAGAGAAGAUUGGGCUCUUCAUCUACCAUUAUUACUUCAUGCUGUCUUCUUAGGUUUGGACCACUACCGGCCUGAAGUCUUUGAACACAGCAAAAAAUUGCUUCUUCACCUCUUGAUUGCCCUCUCUUGCAACAGCAAUUUUCAUACCAUUGCUUCUGUGCUCCUACAGACUCGAGAGAUGGGCGAAGCUAAGACUCUAACAGUUCAGCCAGCUUAUCAACCAGAGUAUCUCUACACAGGUGGCUUUGACUUCCUGAGAGAGGACCAGUCAUCCCCAGUGCCAGACUCGGGGCUGAGCUCCAGUUCCACGUCGUCCAGCAUCAGCCUGGGGGGUAGCAGUGGGAACCUCCCUCAGAUGACCCAGGAGGUAGAGGAUGCAGACACAACUGCUGAAGCAGAUGAGAAAGCAAACAAGCUGAUUGAGUUUCUGACAACCAGGGCAUUUGGUCCACUUUGGUGCCAUGAAGACAUCACACCCAAAAAUCAAAAUUCAAAGAGUGCUGAACAGCUCACUAAUUUUCUACGUCAUGUUGUAUCAGUAUUUAAAGACUCCAAAUCAGGUUUCCAUCUGGAGCAACACCUGAGUGAAGUUGCUUUGCAGACAGCCCUUGCAAGCUCCUCGAGGCACUAUGCUGGACGGUCUUUCCAGAUAUUCCGGGCACUCAAGCAACCUCUGUCAGCACACGCCUUGUCUGAUCUUCUCUCCAGACUAGUGGAGGUGAUUGGAGAACAUGGAGAUGAGAUUCAGGGUUAUGUAAUGGAAGCACUCCUUACGUUGGAAGCUGCCGUGGAUAACUUGUCUGACUGCUUGAAGAACAGUGAUCUCUUAACGGUAUUAUCUCGCUCUUCAUCACCAGAUUUAAGCUCUAGCACUAAACUAACAGCAAGCAGAAAGAGCACAGGACAACUAAAUGUAAACCCUGGGACAGCCAGUGGCAACACCACAACCACAGAACGGAGCCGGCAUCAAAGAAGCUUUUCUGUGCCCAAGAAGUUUGGAGUUGUUGACCGAUCCUCAGACCCACCUAGAAGUGCCACCCUGGAUAGAAUUCAGGCUUGUACCCAGCAAGGCCUCUCCUCAAAAACCAGAAGUUCAUCUUCCUUGAAGGACAGCCUCUCGGAUCCGUCACACAUAAAUCAUCCAACGAACUUAUUAGCCACCAUCUUUUGGGUCACAGUGGCCUUGAUGGAAUCAGAUUUUGAGUUUGAAUACCUAAUGGCCUUAAGGCUGUUGAACAGACUACUGGCUCAUAUGCCGCUUGAUAAAGUUGAGAACCGAGAAAAACUUGAGAAACUCCAGGCACAGCUGAAGUGGUCAGACUUCUCAGGGUUGCAGCAGCUGCUGCUCAAAGGAUUCACCUCCCUCACCACCACUGACCUGACCCUGCAGCUUUUCAGUUUGCUCACACCAGUAUCCAAAGUAUCCAUGGUGGAUUCAUCCCAGGCCAUUGGAUUUCCACUGAACGUGUUGUGUCUCCUGCCCCAGCUGAUCCAGCAUUUUGAAAAUCCCAAUCAGUUUUGCAAGGAUAUAGCUGAAAGGAUUGCUCAGGUGUGUUUGGAAGAGAAGAACCCCAAACUUUCCAAUCUUGCACACGUCAUGACCCUUUAUAAAACACACAGCUACACGAGGGACUGUGCCACAUGGGUCAAUGUGGUCUGCCGAUACCUUCAUGAAGCAUUUGCCGACAUUACCUUGAAUAUGGUGACCUACCUGGCCGAGCUGCUGGAGAAGGGUCUCCCCAGUAUGCAGCAGCCCCUCCUCCAGGUGAUCUACAGUCUCCUCAGCUACAUGGACUUGUCAGUCGUCCCUGUAAAGCAGUUUAAUGUGGAAGUUCUGAAGACCAUUGAAAAAUAUGUGCAAAGUGUUCACUGGAGAGAAGCUUUGAAUAUCCUGAAGCUGGUAGUGUCACGAUCUGCCAGCCUCGUUUUACCUUCCUAUCAGCACAGUGACCUCUCAAAGAUAGAAAUACAUCGAGUGUGGACCAGUGCCUCUAAGGAAUUACCUGGAAAAACCCUAGACUUUCACUUCGAUAUUUCAGAGACACCAAUCAUCGGGAGGCGAUACGAUGAGCUACAGAACUCUUCUGGACGGGAUGGGAAGCCCAGGGCCAUGGCCGUUACCAGGAGCACAUCCUCUACUUCAUCAGGCUCCAAUUCCAAUGUUCUUGUUCCUGUAAGCUGGAAAAGGCCUCAGUAUUCUCAGAAGAGAACAAAAGAGAAGUUGGUGCACGUCCUUUCUCUGUGUGGCCAAGAAGUAGGAUUAAGCAAAAAUCCAUCAGUGAUUUUUUCAUCGUGUGGGGACUUGGAUCUACUUGAGCACCAGACGAGCUUGGUGUCUUCUGAGGACGGCGCCCGAGAGCAGGAGAACAUGGAUGACACAAACAGCGAGCAGCAGUUUAGAGUCUUUAGAGACUUCGAUUUCCUAGAUGUGGAGCUGGAGGAUGGAGAGGGUGAGAGUAUGGACAAUUUCAACUGGGGAGUGCGCAGGCGUUCUCUGGAUAGUUUGGACAAGUGUGACAUGCAGCUUCUGGAGGAGCGCCAACUUUCAGGAAGGUCUCCCAGCCUCAAUAAAAUGAACCAUGAGGAUUCUGAUGAAUCCUCUGAAGAGGAGGACCUCACAACCAGCCAGAUCCUGGAGCACUCCGACCUAAUCAUGACUCGUUCCCCUUCCGAGGAGACUAAUCCCAUGGAAUCGCUCACCACAGCCUGUGACAUGACCCCUGCUGACCCUCAUUCAUUCAACACCAGAAUGGCUAGUUUUGAUGCAUCUUUGUCUGAUAUGAAUAAUCUGCAGAUUUCUGAGGGCUCAAAGGCUGAAGCUGUUCAGGAGGAAGAGGACACGGCCGUACAUGAGGACGAUCUUUCUAGUUCUGUCAAUGAACUCCCAGCAACUUUCGAAUGCAGUGGUAGCUUUAGCCUGGAUAUGACUGAGGCAGAAGAAAAAGGCAAUAGAGCACUGGACCAGUUUACUCUUGCAAGCUUCGGAGAAGGGGACAGGGGGGUUUCCCCCCCUCCCUCGCCCUUCUUCUCGGCCAUCCUUGCUGCAUUUCAGCCGGCAGCCUGUGAUGAUGCAGAGGAAGCUUGGCGCAGCCACAUCAACCAGCUUAUGUGCGACUCGGAUGGCUCCUGUGCUGUGUAUACAUUUCAUGUGUUCUCCUCCUUGUUUAAGAAUAUUCAGAAAAGGUUCUGCUUCCUAACCUGUGAUGCCGCCAGUUACCUUGGAGACAAUCUCCGGGGAAUUGGGUCCAAGUUUGUCAGCUCUUCUCAGAUGCUCACCUCCUGCUCCGAAUGCCCUACACUCUUUGUGGAUGCUGAAACUCUCCUUUCUUGUGGACUUCUGGACAAGCUCAAGUUCAGUGUUUUAGAACUGCAGGAAUAUUUGGAUACCUACAACAAUAGAAAAGAAGCCACUCUCUCAUGGCUUGCAAACUGUAAGGCAACAUUUGCAGGAGGAUCAAGAGAUGGAGUAAUUACCUGUCAACCAGGGGACUCGGAAGAAAAGUUGUUGUGAAAACCACCAUUAAACCUGAACCAAAAUGGGAAAGGAGAAGAUUCCCAUCAACAUCAUUGUCACUGGACAUGUAGAUUCGGAAAAGUCUAUCACUACUGGUCGUGUGAUCUACAAAUGUGAUGGGAUCAACAAAAGAACUAUCGAAAAAUUUGAGAAGGAGGCAGCUGAGAUGGGAAAGGGCUCCUUCAAGUAUGCCUGUGUCUUGGAUAAACUGAAGCUGAACAUGAACAUGGUAUCACCACUGAUAUCUCCCUGUGGAAAUUCAAGACCAGCAAGUAUUGUGUGACCAUCACUGAUGCCCCAGGACACAAAGACUUUAUCAAAAACAUGAUUACAGGAACAUCUCAGGCUGACUGGCUGUCCUGAUCAUUGCUGCUGGUGUUAGUGAAUUUGAAGCAGGUUUCCCCAAGAAUGGGCAGACCUGUGGCAUGCCCUUCUGGCUUACACACUAGGUGAAAAACAACUAAUUGUUGGUGUUAACAAAUUGGAUUCCACUGAGCCACCCUACAGCCAGAAGAGAUACAAGGAAAUCGUUAAGGAAUAUAGCACCUACAUUAAGAAAAUUGGCCACAAUCCCAACACAGCAGCAUAUGUGCCAAUUUCUGGUUGGAAUGGUGACAACAUGCUGGAGCCAAGUGCUAACAUGCCUUGAUUCAAAGGAUGGAAAGUCACCCAUAAAAAUGGGAUUGCCAGUGGAACCACACUGCUUGAAGCUCCGGAUUGCAUUCUGCCACCAACUUGUCCACCAACUGACAAGUCCUUGCAUCUGCAUCUCUAGGACGUCUACAAAAUUGGUGGUUAUUGGUACUGUCCCUGUGGGUCACGUGGAGACUGGUGUUCUUAAACCUGGCAUGGUGGUCACCUUUGCUCCAGUCAGUGUUAAAAUUGAAGUGAAGUUUGUUGAAAUGCACCAUGAAGCUUUGAGUGAGGCUCUUCCUGGGGACAGUGUAGGCUCUACUGUCAAGAACAUAUGUCAAAGAUGUUCAUCGUGGCAAUGUGACUGGUGACAGCAAAAAUGACCCACCAAUGGCAGCAGCCAGUUUCAUGGCUCAUGUCAUUAUCCUGAACCAUCCAGGCCAAAUCAAUGCUGGAUAUGCACCUGUGCUGGAUUGUCACACAGCUCACAUAGCUUGCACGUUUGCUGAGCUAAGGAAGAAGAUAGAGCUUCCUUCUGGAAAAAAGCUGGAAGAUGGGCCCAGGUUCUUGAAAUCUGGUGAUGCUGCCAUUGUUGAUAUGGUUCUCGGCAAGCCUGUGUUUGUUGAGAGUUUGACUAUCCUCCUCUGGUCUGUUUUGCUGUUGGUGACAUGAGACAGAUGGUUGCUGUGGGUGUCAUCAAAGCAGUGGACAAGAAGGCAGCUGGAGCUGGCAAGGCCAAGCAGAAGGCUAAAUGAAUAUUAUCCCCAAUACCUGCCACCCCAAUCUUAAUCAGUGGUGGAAGAAUGGUCUCAGAACUUUUUGUGUCAAUUGGCAAUUUAAAUUUAAUAGCUGGUUAAUGAUAACAAUGCAUCGUAAAACCUUCAGAAGGAAAGGAGAAUGUUUUGUGGACCAUUUGUCUUUGUGUGUGUGUAUGGCUGUGUGUGUAUAGCAGUUUUAUUAGUUUUUUAAAUCGGUACUUUUUAAUGGAAACAACUUGACCAAAAAAUCUGUCAUACAAUUCUGAGACACAUUAAAAGUUAAAUGAGAAAAAAACUUAACAAAAGUUAAAAUUAAAAUCGCUCACACAAUACCCUCACAACAGUAUGCCAUUUCUGAAAAAGAAGAGCCAGCGACGUGGGGCCUGCCUUCGUACAGGGCAGCUGCGAGCUUGCCCCUCUGGUCUGCUGUCCACCAUUUCCCGCUGCACAUUGAAUUCCUAACCCUGAAGGCAAGAGCUGGGUGCCAAUCAUCAUGAUUGGACUGCUGUUUUCCUUAUAAUAGAAAAAUGUAUCUCUGUACUUAAGGCCUCUAAAUGGGGAAGCCAGAUAGACAGGGCUGUAUGUUUCAAGAAAAAUGGCCCACCCAUUAGCAUCUGCUUGAGAGUGUUAUUCCUUUGCCUGUGUGAGAAACAUCUCCAUGUAUACAAGACGCAAGCAAGUGCCUGUCUGCUCAACCUGCUUACUCGGGUGUACUUUCAAGAAUUCUCAGUGUAUGUACAAAACAGUUUCUUAAAAACAGUGUUUCUAAUACUUGGGAAGAAUUUUUGAGGGAAGGCUUGUUUUAAAAGACAGGCAUGAUUAGUAAAUGAUUUAGGCUUCUGGGUGAUUAUAAUAGCCAUUCUCCUAGAAUAACACACAGCAUACACUGACUAGAACAUAAGACAAGGAGUAUGAUCUGCAGAAACUGCUUUACCCAUAUUUUCUCAGCCUGCACAAGCGCAGGAACAAAACUAUUCAUGACCUAAAACAGCACUUCUGAUUAAGAAUUUGGGUUUCCACUUCCUGUGGAAUUCAUCUAGAGUGGCUACCUCUAGGUAGUUUAAGUUAACAGAAAUAUGGGUUGGGGAGAACCCCAGCUCCAGGUGCUUAGGAUGGCACCAUGAGUCUCAGCCCUGUAACUAAUGAAUAUGGCCUACCUCCUGGGUCCUGCAGAGCUGGCCCUGGCAAAGCUGGAGCUGUUUCCAUUUCACUCAUUAUGUUAUUUUAGUUGGCACACUCCUAAUUCAGCAGGUAUUUCUGAGGACAGCUUGAACAUUUGACUCUUCAGAUUCAAGUGUAAUAAUUUCCAUUUAGCCCUACUACAUUUCAUCUUAUAUUCAAAUCAUCAUUCCAAUUACUAGGUCUUUUUGGACACUAUCCCUCUCAGUUAGGUCCUUCCCAUCCCUGCAUAAUCAAUGAACAAGAAGCCUGCAACCUCUGUUCUUAUACAAAUUGAACAAGACAAGUUGCAGUUUCUGCAGUUGAACUAUAACCCAUUAAACAUCAUCCUCUGAGCACUGGGUGUUAUUCUGUAUGUUGGUAAAUUGAACACCAAUAAAAAUUAAUUAAAAAAAUAAUAAAUAAAUAAACAUCAUCCUCCAAAUAGAGUCAAUUACUCUUGUGUAAGGAAUCCUCUUCCCUGCGCUGAUUAAAAGAAAGUAUCUGAUUAAUUUAAAGUUUUCUUAAAAAUAGUAAAUACCUCAGGCUGUGUAAUCUGUAUCAUAGGCUUAAAGGUAUUUGUCUUUCAAAGCUUUGAAAGAUAUCCAUGGCCAAAGUCCAAAAAAACUACUCAGCAAACAUAAUAUAAUAGUCAUCAGUGUGCCAGACUCAAGUGAUACUAGCAACAGGCAAGCACAUACUGUUUAUACCUACUUAAGAGAUUAGACACAUCUAUGUAUUAUUGGGUAAGGAAGCUGCAGCAUUAGGCUAGAUUGUCUAAAUUUGAUCCCAUUUAAACCAGUGGCUUUCAGAGAUUAAAUAUGAUGAAAAUAAUAGCUAUUACAGUACAUUAUAGCUUCUGUCAUGGUAAAAAUUUCUCCGAUUUUUUACCUGUCUACAUCAUAAGCAUAGAACUCAUUUCAAAGCAGCAUACAGAAAAACAAGAAUGGCUAUGAUACUGUUAAUGAACAAAAAUUAGAUUAUUCUGGGCUUUUAAGCUACCCUCUAUUAUCAUUUCUUAAUGUCUUUGUUUCUUGAUAUUUUUUUCUCAUUCUGAGAAAACAUGCCUCUAAACCCAAUUUAUAAAUAAAGUUAUAUUAGCAGUACAGGAACAAGGCUUGAAGAAAAUCCUUCUGACCAAAUAAAUUGAUGACAUUACCAUGACAUUUUCAAAAGAAUCUUAAGUCACCAAAACAUAAAUACAUUCAUAAAGACUUAUGAAGGGGGCAGCCCGGGUGGCUCAGCAGUUUAGCGCCGCCUUCAGCCCAGGGUGUGAUCCUGGAGACCUGCCAUCAAGUCCCGUGUCAGGCUCCCUGAGUGGAGCCUGCUUCUCCCUCUCCCUGUGACUCUCAUGAGUGAAUAAAUAAAAUCUUUUUAAAUUUUUUAAAAAAGACUUAUGAAGGGAUUAUUCUUAAAACUUGGAUACAGAAAACAGUACAGGAGGGAUAAAAGGUUUUAACAUAUUCCAUAAUACGCCCCCCACAAAGGGCAUUUUUCACUAUCUUUUUGGAAGUUCUAAAUGCAGACAAGACCCCAGCUUGUGGCCUAGGAAGGAUUCUGAGAUAAUAAAGAUCAAGGCGGCUUGCACCAACCUACCUAAAAAGGAGCGUUUAAGAAUACAGAAAACUGGUGUGCGUCAAGUUGGCCAUCACCCAAGAAAUACAGUUUUGUGCCUUGAGAACUGAGUGGGAGGAAUUCAUUGACAAUGAAAUUCCUCAGCACCAAGCUGAAGUCAAAAAGUCUCAUUUGCCUUUACUGAACAGAGGACAUUCUGCUUUAACUGAUCUGAUGAACUUCUUGGAUUACAGCCAUGUUUUGGAAAACAGAAAAAUAGCAGUUUUUUCAGUACUUAAAGGUUUGGUUAUAAAAACAUCAAAGCAUAAAGUUUCUUUUUAAGAUUUUAUUUAUUUAUUUAUUCAUAAGAGGCACGGGGGUGGAGGCAGAGGGAGAAGCAGGCACCAUGCAGGGAGCCCGAUGUGGGACUUGAUCCCAGGUCUCCAGGAUCACAACCUGGGCCAAAGGCAGGCGCUAAACCGCUGAUCCACCGGGGCUGCCCCAGCAUAAAGUUUUCUUGAAAAUAGUAAAUACUUCGGACUGUGUCAUCUACAUCACAGGCUUUCACAUAUUUAGCUUUGAAACCUAUGAAAGAUUUUUAUGGCCAAGGUCCAAAAAACUACUCAAAAAGCAGAAUAGUCAUCAGUGUGCCCAACUCAUGUGAUAUUAGUAACAGGUGAGGCCAGAAAGAGACCCUUGGAGGACAGGGGGAGGGAUUGGGGAGGUCACUAGUGGUGAGGCUUCAUGCUUGAAAAUACUAAUGAUUUAAGAGUAUGUGUGUGUACUGUACCUUAUAUUAAGUGUAAUACAUUAAACUGAUAAUAACCCAGAUUUUUUUUUAGAAAGAGCUUUAAAAAAAAAAAAAGAAAAGAAAGAGCUUUAAAAUAAGUGUUUUUUCCUAUCAAGGAUUAGAAACUGAAUUGGAGAUGUCUUUAAAUAUUUUGCAAAUCCAGAACCAGAUAUAUUGACCCAUAAUUAGGAAGGGCCAAGUUGAUUUUUUUUUUAAUAUUCUGUCAGAUUCUGAUCAUCUUCCCACACACCCACACUUUCCUUAAAGCCAAGUCUAUGGUUCUGAUACGAUGACUCCAAUAAAUGGAAGCCAUAAUCGAACAUCGCUCAGUUACAGCUUUAUGUUAUUCUAAACUACCCUCUAGUUCUAGAUUAUUUUUAGAAAUUGAGGAAAUUAUUAAAAAUGAAAUACAAGAAAAUUACUUCUCUUAUCUCACACUUGAGACAAGAUCCUUUGAAAUGACUAUAUCUCACAGCCCUAUGAAAUAUUCUUAAGGGGAAAGGCAAUGUGACUCUGAAGAAAAUGCCACAUAGAUUGUUAAUUAUAUAUGUUAAUUUGGAUAGUCAUAGUUUAGCAGAUAUGAAGCCAAAGAGAUUAAAGACUCCGCCUUAACUAACAGGUAGCAAUAGUAAUAGUUAGUUUGAGCUACAGUUCUUUCAGAUUACUCAGCUGGUCUCCUCACAGUUUUACUCCUUUCACAUAUUAUUCACAGUUAAACACUAAUAUCUUCAAGCAAUUAAAGUUUUGACUUCUGGUCUCCCAUACUGACAAAAUGUAAACCAACUAAUCAGAGAAUCUAAAUGAUUACAAAUUAUAUUUUUCAGUGACAUGUUUCCCAUUCAAGCUUCUUUUUAACUGGACCGCUGUGCAUGUUGAAUGGGUACAAGACGUGCAAACAUUUAUCAAGUUUGGGCAAGCAAUGCUAAUACUGCUGACGGUUCUGUUCUUGGAAGAGGGCCAUGCUUUUCGUUGCAUGCAUUACACUGACCCUGUACUUUCUUUCCUUUCCUUUGUUUCCUGUGCCAUGCUUGCU